AGCUUUUUGCUCGAAGCAGUCGCUCCGCGCGCCCACGCGCCGCGGCGCGCAAGAGCGCGCGCGAAAUCGGCGCCUCGGCGCCGGCGCCGCGGCGCCAUGGUGCUUUUGAGGUCCCUGGACCUGCUGGACGCCUUCUGCCAGCUCUUCGGGUGCUCAGCGCUGCAGCUGCUCGCGGUGGCCUACCUCACCCGCUGCCUCUGGCUGCUGCUGCGGAAUUCGGUGCUGGACGCCUUGGCAGGCUACAGCGGAGCUGCGGACGUCCAGGUCGAGGCGAAGGAGCUGGAGGGGAAGCGCCAGGGGGCUGCGUGGCGGAAGUUCGACUACGCCAAGGAGUGGCCGGCGUGGCCGAAGGGGUCGAUCCCGUGCUGGGACCCCGCCAGCAACGACUUCCUGGGGGAAGUGCCCGCGUGCGGCGCGGAAGAGGUGGCGCAGAUGGUGCAGAAGGCGCGGAAGGCGCAGCAGGUCUGGAAGAAUUCCUCUUUCGCCCAGCGGCGCUAUCUUCUACGAACGAUCUCCCGCUUCGUGCUGCAGAACAUGGAGACCAUUUGCACGGUGGCCUGCCGCGACAGCGGCAAGACGGUGAUCGAUGCCAUGGUCGGGGAGCUGACGGUGACCUUGGAGAAGCUGCGAUGGACUUGCGCUUAUGGGGAGGAGUACCUCUUGCCCGAGUACCGGGACUCAGGCCUCAUGAAUUUGCACAAGACGAGCCGCGUGGAGUGGGUGCCGGUGGGGGUGGUGGGGGCGAUCGUGCCCUGGAACUACCCCUUCCACAACGUCUUCAACCCGGUGAUCGCAGCGGUCUUCUCAGGGAAUGCCAUUGUCAUCAAGGUCUCGGAGUUCUCAGCCUGGAGCUCAAGUUAUCUGCAGCGGGCCUUGGCGCAGUGCCUGGAGGCCGCCGGCGCGCCCCAAGACUUGGUGCAGCUGGCGCCGGGCUACGCGGAGGCGGGGAAGGCGCUGGUGGAGCAGAGCGACAAGGUGAUCUUUGUCGGGAGCGUCUCAGUGGGCCGGAAGGUCAUGGAGUCUGCCAGCAAGGCGGACAUCAUCACCCCCGUGAUCCUCGAACUCGGAGGCAAAGACCCCUUCGUGGUGUGCGAGGAUGCGACGGUGGACGAGGCCAUGACGCAGUUGGUGGUGCGGGGCGCCUUUCAGAAUAUGGGCCAGAACUGUGCCGGCCCAGAGCGCUUCAUCGUCUACGAGAAGGUCUACGAUCGCUUCUGCGACUCGGUGUCCGGCCUGGUGAAGAAGCUUGCACAGGGAGCGCCGCUGGGCCGUGACGGUGCCCGCAUCGACUGUGGCGCCUGUGUUCACCCGCCCAGCCUCGAG